AUGUCCUCAUCAUCACUUAGAUUACACUGCUUUAGAAACGGAGACUGGGAAAGAAGAGAUGGUUUCAUUCUCCUCAUUGAAAAAUCAUUAAAUAAUUCAUUGAUGGAAAAUUUGAAGAAUAGAGCAAGUAGGAUAUUGUUUCCCUUCUUGUUUGAGAAUGUAAAUAACGAGUCUGAAUGUUUAUCUGUUGAAUACUUGCCGAAAAUUAGAAUAUUUUCAAAAUAUGGAUCCGAAAUUAAGAAAGAGGAAGAAUUGAGAGAUGAUGAUGUCUUGUUCCUUUCAUGUUUUAAUGAGGAUUUUAUAAAUUCUAUUGCCAAGAUGAAUUAUCAAAUCAAACAGCUAAGUGGAUUGGAAAGCAAUUUGAAGAGACAAACUACUCCUUGUUGUGGGGAAACUCAAACUGGAAUGAUUACUUCUUGUUUGGGAUUCUCUGUUACAAUUAAUAGUUUAUCAACAAAGAAGGAAGUUACAUUGGAUAAUUUGAAUGGUAGUUUGACCAUUGAUGAGAUUAAGAGGAUGUUAUUAAAUAGUGGCACCAACAAGGAACGAUUAUUGGGAAAGAGUGAUUAUCCACUCAAAUUCACUGAAGAUUUCAUUCUAGUUCACAAAGGGAAGGAACUUAAAGAUAAUGAUGAAGUUGAGAAGCUCUUCUCUCAAAAUCCUAAUCCAACCAAACUAACUGUGUUCAUGGUGUUGAAGAAACCUGUGUAUUAUGUAAAGAUUGUCAUGGAAGGAGGAAGAAUGGUAAUUAUUGACAAUGAUUCCAUUAAUUUCACAUCUCAUGUUUCUGAUUUAAAAUAUUAUAUGGAAAAACGUUUGAGAAUGAAUCUCAAUGCCAGCAAUAAGGAAUUGAUAUUAAUGUGGAAUCAAGAAAAGAUGAUGGGCUCUGAAUGUUUAGGAAAUGCCUUCCCUUCAAAGUCAACUCUAAGCUUGACAUUUAUUUAA